AUGAACGGUCGGAUCUCCAAGCACAAUUGCAGCGAGUCGGAACAAAAGCGAGUAGAAGCAAUUACGAGCAUCAAAAGCAAGAUCGACUGCAAGCAACCGAAGAAGGAGAAAAAUCAUAACCAACAUCAAGAUCAUUCAUUGGAGGAAACAAGCAAGAAAUGCAAGAAAAUGAAAUGUUCGAGGCUUAAUAUGCAGCAACACAAAGGUUAUGCACAAGCCUCAAACGACUUCGAUCUAUCCCAAUUUUCGGUCUCAAGCUCUAACAUAAGGGAACGACGGCAAGGGCGGAAAUGGAAAAAACAAAAAACAAAUGGCUUUCCUCCCAUUUUUCUCCCCGUUUCCUCCCAAGAGGAAAAUGGAUACAACAAAUCCAACUUCUCGAUUGGUUGCAAUGACAAGUGGGUAGAGUUGUGGCUGCUCGCCCUUCAUAUGCAGCCACAUGCGCUUCUCAAAGGAGAACUUGAGACCAAGUUGGGGAAUCUAUUGGCUCCAAGUCUAUUUGUACCGACGACGACCCUCCGGUAA